AUGGCAGCGCUUCUCAAGAACCAGAUCCUCAAACACCUCUCAAAGUUCACGAAGAACUUAUCGGCAGAUAAGCUCAACUUAAGUGCAAUCAAAGGGUGUUGUGAUGUCCACAACAUAGAGCUCAAUGAGGAGGUGUUGAUGGAUCUGUUGGAACUGCCCGUCUGGAUGUCCUUAACGCGAGCCUUCUGUAAUCACGUGUCACUGAAGGUUCAGUGGAUGAAACUGAAGACCGUUCCCAUAUAUCUGGCUUUGGAUGAAGUGGUCGUUGAGAUGGAGACGUGUGAAGACUUCCGCAGAGACUCCAAGACGAAGAGCAAAGGAAGUCCUUCCUAUAAUGAUUCCGGAAAAUAUGGUUUCGCUGACCGAGUCUUUGAUGGCAUGACACUUACCAUCAAUUCAGUUGUCAUCACAUUUCGAUCCAAAGUCUUCAACGCAUCCCUUCAGUUGUCGCGACUGAUGGUCGAGAGUCGAAGUCCUAAUUGGAAGCGAAACGUGGAUUUGAGGCUAACCCGCAUCAAAGACCCAAAUAGGGGACAAAUCCUGAUAUUCAAACACUUGGAGUGGCAGACCCUGCGCUUUGAGGCCAAAGCCGAGUCAGACAUCGUUCAGACACCUUUGCGACUGAUCACAAACCAGGCCUCGUGUCGCAUAACCAUCAAAAAGAGUCUUAACGACUGUUCAGCUCUGGGCGCGAGAAUUAUGUUCAUAUUCGACGACCUCUUGUGGGUCUUAACCGACGCCCAACUCCUGUCUGCUCUGCAUUUCGCCGACUAUUUGAUUGAACUCAUCAAAAGAGCGCCGCGAAUGAAGCACUUCAAUGACUUCACGCCUCAAUCGCCCACUUUCUCCUCACUCAAGAACCUGAGCACCAGUUCCGCUCAAACAGCACAGUCAGCCGUCAGUCGCCUCUUCAGCCAAUACGAUAUCAUAGAGACUUCUCAUCACCUGUUCGUCAGUCGCAUCGAAGUUCACUUAUGCGAUGAUUUGGACCCAAAUAACGGCCGUUCACUGCACCCAAGCCUUAAGGAUGGCGGCGCUCUUCAGAUAACGGUGUCUAAGCUCGUGAUCGAUGUCUAUCCCUAUCAAAAGGUCAUAUCAAACCGCAAUCAUUGGCUCAGAUAUUCUGACCCGUCUUCGAGUCGCAGCCAUUGGAUUAACGAACACUUGCAGUCGUUUCUCGAGAAGAGAUCCAAAAGCAUAUCUUCACAGUCAGCACCGGUUCGGACGCAAUCGCGCUCUCCUUUAAGUCAACUCAUGUCUCGAGUCAUUCUCAUCCGUUUAGCCGAUUAUUCUGUCAGUUGUGUCACAACUAAUACCACAACAAAAUUAAAACUCAAUGAGAAACUGAUCGCAACCGAUAAGUCGGCGCCACUUCCCGACGAUAUGGUGGCCUUCUAUAUGGAAAUCAAUAACUAUUAUUACGUCGACUCUAAUGAUACCGUUCCCGAGUCGACAGCUUUCAUACAUUUGGCUCCACUUAAAACAGAGAAUACAAGUUUCGAUGAACUCAAUGGACUAAUGGAAGGAAUGGGAAGCACGCCAUUCAUGUACGAAAGACAAUCAUUUCCGUGGAUCCAAUCGGAUCCCAAACCAGUUUCAGAUAAAUUUCUUACGAAUUUAGCAAAACUCAAGACCAAAGAGAACUCGUCAGACAUUUGGACGGUUAGAAUGGAGCCGUUGUGGGCAGAGUUCAGGACUAAAAAGUCCAAUAAAUUUCAGCCACUUUUAGAGCCCCUUCCCAUCACUUUGUGGGCGUUUGAGACGCCGCCAGAAAUGAACAAAACUAGUGAUAACUCAGAGCCAGAUCUGAAGCAAUUGAGUGAAUUUGGAGUUCAAAUGAAUUCGGACACAAUCACUAUACAGACCAAUGGUCAGCAAACCACAGACACAGACAAUCUCUUUAAAGGCAUUUCAUUGAUUACACGCAUUCCUGACAUUGAAUUAACCCUCAAAUUGAACGAAGAGUUCCAGACGUUUCGAAGUAUUGGUGUUUCGCCACAGCAUUCGGUUCUGGACUUAAGCUCGCCUUCAAUUCACGAGAAAUUGUCAGUCGAUUCGGAGAUUCCAAGACAUGACGAGCACUCAANUGCGUCCACCUCUUUGACUGCCAUUCCGGCGCACAUUAAACUCCAAAACGCAUCAAACGUUUCCUUCACGAAGAAGUCUUCAAAUUCGGAUGCUUUGAGUUUAAGGAGUAAUUCAACUCUCAAUGAAUCGGGUCUUACGGACUGUUCGCUCAUCGAUGACGACAACCGGUCCAUAAGAAGUGAUUUGUCGGGAGAGAGCGAUCAGUUCGUUGUCGUCGGCUUCGAGACGAUGACACAAGAGGAAGAAGAAGACAUAUUUAACACGAAUCGCAUCGAAACGGCCGACGAAGUGAAAGAAGAAGACUCGUUGGUUGACUCGCCGUCCGAUGACUCGGACACAAACAGUGCCUCUAAUAUAUCGACAGAUAAUCCUCUGAGCGUUACUUUGGUUCAGAUCGCGAUCGCGAACCUAAAUCUCGUUCACCAGUCAAAAGGGUUUCAUUCAAAGAUAUUAAUGCGAUGUUCAGACAUAUCAUUGUCUGAAUUCAUGAAACUGCCAUUCAAUGAGUACCAGACACUCACCAAUCAAAGGGUUGUGAAUAAGACUAAUAAUAAUAAUGCAUUGAAUUCACGAGAAAAUGCGUCCGAAAUACAGCUUCGGUUGGAAUCGUUUGCGAAACUCAACGAUAAAGACGAACUCAUCUCUGUUUUAGUCAAUAGUCUGGAGCUAACGCUACACAUGGACUCAGUUAUGCUUUUGAAUGACUUCAUCACCGAUGAGGAGAUGGCUUACGUGCCGCCGACUAAUAUACUCCUCAAUAACGUAUGCAUUACUCUAAUGGACGAGAAGGUGAGUUCACCGCCGCUGACACUCCGAGUGCCCCACCUUUUCGUACAAAGGGAUCGAUCCAAUCACAUGAGUGUCCAUCCAAUCCUUACAAACCAUACAUGGAGUGCGAGCGCACACACGGAACAGCUAUUAGUUCCUCACCUGAAACUACGACAACGGAAUGGCCGCACAAUUGACGCCACCAUUGAGUUAGGAGUUGCGCAUAAUAACGAGUCCAACGAUGUGUUGGAUGAGGUGCUCAAGAAGAAUGAGAGUCUGGUGCAGGAAAUGCAGUCAAUAAGACGCGAGAACCAGGAACUCAAGAAUCGACUCAAACUCUUUCAAAUUAACCGGAUAUAA